CCGUAAUACAGCUCAACUCCCAGCCUCAUAACUUAACUACCCACGUUUUUAACCCCGACAACCGUCCCCACCAUUCUGUUAUCCCCUCACUGGCCUUUCGCCCCUUCAGUUUCUCCCCCCACACACACACGCACUAAUAAAUAUUUUGAUACCUUUAUCCCUGCAACAAUGGCGUUAUUCGGGCCGGCCAUCUGGUUCUUCGCAGCCGCCUUUCUCCUUCAGUCCAGUGUCCUUGAGGCGGCCACCAAUAAACUCUACAUCGUACACAUGGAUAAAAACCUCAUGCCCAACACCUACAACACCCAAAGCGAUUGGUAUGCCGACCACUUACAAACCCUCACCGCCGCUAAACCGGAAAACAUCAUCUACACCUACAAGGACGCGUUCCAUGGCUUCGCUGCCGCCCUCUCCCCAGAGGAGGCCGAUGCCCUGCGCCAGUCGGACGCCGUCUUCGAGGUGUACGAGGACAUGGUGUACGAGCUCCACACCACGCGCACGCCGGAGUUUCUGGGGCUGACCGGGGAGCAGGCCGGCAACACUCUGCAGCGACUGAAUAAGGCCUCAUACGAUGUGAUCAUUGGAGUCCUGGACACCGGCGUCUGGCCGGAGUCGAAGUCCUUCAGAGACGACGGCAUGCCGAAAGUGCCCUCCCGGUGGGGCGGAACAUGCGAGAAAGGCUUCUGCAACCGGAAGCUAAUCGGCGCUCGAUCCUUCACCGAUGGAUACAGAAGGGCGGUGGGUAAAACUAACGAGUCAAUGUCCGCCCGCGACCUUGAAGGCCACGGCACGCACACGGCAAGCACCGCCGCUGGUGCCGUUGUUCCCAACGUCAGCCUCUUCGGCUACGCUAGCGGCAACGCUCGUGGAAUGGCUCCCCAAGCCAGGGUCGCUGCCUACAAAGUCUGCGGGGCGGAGGGUUGUAUGUCGUCAGACAUACUCGCGGGCAUUGACAGUGCGAUUAAAGACGGAGUCGACGUCCUUUCCAUGUCCCUCGGUGGUCAAGCCGUGCCGUACCACAAGGAUGUCAUCGCCAUCGGAGCUUUUGCGGCCAUGGAAAAGGGGAUCUUCGUCUCGUGCUCGGCCGGAAACUCCGGCCCAGGCGAGAGUACGGUCUCGAACGUCGCGCCGUGGAUUACGACCGUCGGCGCCAGCACAAUCGACCGGGAUUUCCCGGCUUACGUCGCUCUAGGCAACAACCAGAACGUCACGGGCGUGUCUUUGUACAGUGGGAAUGGCAUGGGCAAAAAGUUGGUAGAGUUAGUCUACAGGCCAAGCGGCAACGAGUCGAGCAAUCUGUGCCUGUGGGGGUCCCUUGACCGCGCCCAAGUGAAUGGCAAGGUGGUGUUGUGCGACAGAGGGGAGAACGCGCGGGUGCAGAAAGGGGCGGCGGUGAAAGCGGCCGGAGGCUUGGGGAUGAUACUGGCCAACACGGAGGAAAACGGGGAGGAGCUGGUGGCCGACAGCCACUUUCUGCCGGCCGUGGCGGUGGGGCAGAUGUCGGGGGAGGCGAUAAAAGAGUACCUGACAACACACAGGAAGGCGACGGCGGUGCUCAGCUUCGGGGGAACGAUGGUGAAUGUGAAGCCGGCGCCGGUGGUGGCGGCGUUCAGCUCGAGGGGCCCGAACUCGGUGACACCGGAGAUCCUCAAGCCUGACGUGACCGGGCCCGGCGUCAACAUCCUGGCGGCGUGGACGGGGGCAGCGAGUCCUACGGACCUGCCCGAGGACACCAGGAGAAGCCAGUUCAACAUCAUAUCAGGUACAUCGAUGUCGUGCCCGCACAUAAGUGGGCUGGCGGCCCUUGUGAAGGCUGCCCACCCAGACUGGAGCCCGAGCGCGAUCAAGUCGGCCCUCAUGACCACAGCCUACACCCUCGACAACACCCACUCCCCCAUCAGUGAUGCCGAGGACAAUUCCAGCGCAACCCCAUACGCAUUGGGCGCGGGCUACGUGGACCCAAUCAAAGCCCUCUCCCCGGGCCUCGUGUACAACAUCACCCCGCGCGAAUACCUCGCCUUCCUAUGCUCCCUCGGCUACAGUCCGAGGGAUAUCCUGGCCAUCACCAAGAACUACAAUCAUACGUGCGCCAGCCUUAAGUACAAGUUCAAGACCCCGGCCCAGCUCAACUACCCCUCUUUCUCCGUGGUGUUUAAAAACACCAGGGUCAUGCGUCUGACCAGGAAGUUGACCAGCGUGGAGCCCGGUGAAUCGGUUUACACUGUCUCGGUCAAGGCGCCCCCGAAUGUGAACGUGACCGUGAACCCAACGAGACUUCGUUUCAAGUAUGUCGGGCAAAGGUUGAGGUAUACGGUCACGUUUGUGUCCAGAAGUGGUUCGCGUGAGGAUGCGUCGUUCGGCUCGAUUUCUUGGAAAAAUGAGAAGAACACGGCGGUGACUAGCCCGGUUGCAUACUUAUGGGCCAGGAAUUGAGAUCCUUUCAUGCACCAUAGGUUAUUUACAGCAAGGGAAACCGAACCAAACCAAACAUUAUAAUGGCUUAUAUGUGGGCAUCUUGCGGGAGAUUUGUGUGGUACGGUGGACCUGAAGAAUAAAGGUUAUAU